GUACUGGAUUUUUGGUCUUGGAGACCCCUGCUUUCACCCUCGACUAAUGGAAGCUUGAAAUUGAACCGGCCCUCUGUACGAACCACUGAAUUUACUAGCAUGUGUAGGCUCUUGAUAUGUAGAAGGAUUGGACAUGGUGCUCUAAAGUGUCCAAAUCAUUUCAAUCACUCUUAUAAUACAGAUGAUCUUUUAGAUAACUUCUAUGCUGUCUUUAUUAGUGAAACUUUAGAUGUUAACAACGACAUUACUCCACCCUUUGUAAUCUCCACUACGACUUUGCUCAAUGUUACAUCUACUAUCACAUUGUAUAACCAACCCUCUUCCAACCUUUUGCCAAUUAAUCCUUAUUCAUCUCCUCAUCAUGACUCUUCUAGUGAUACCACAGGAUCUUCACCUUAU